AACGCAAGCAACGACUUCGUCACACUAAAAUAGAUUUUGUUUGGGCCAAAAGUAUAAAUUACGAAGCAGAAAUGAAUAUCAAACAACUUCCAGCGGUUUGCACCUAGAGAAAGACAGGAAGAACCCACAACAAACAAACCCAAUUCAAACAACGCCUCCAGUAGGAAAAGAGGGAAACUGCGACAACACGACCCCCAGAAAAGAGAGGAGACUACACGCUGAGACGUUGGAGCUUCUGCAAAUCUCAGAGAGUGCCGCGGAAAGAGUUGCGCUUCCCUGCUCUCUGGACAUUAAUUACAUCCCUCACUUUCCUUUUGGGGGAGGGUGAGGAGGAAGGCAUCACCUACAGUAAGUGAAGAAGUCCUACCAGCUUGGGAGAAGUUUUAAGAAUGAACCACUGAAUUUUGCUUUUAUUUUAAAUUUACUCUGGUACUUAAAUGACUUCAUUUCCAGAUAUCUGGGCAAUUUCGACUGCAGACAUCUAAGCCAAACCUCUCGGUAACGUUAAUUUUUCUCUCACCACAGCCCGCUUCCCUCUCUCUCCUGCACACGGGUCAUCUUUAUUUUACUUAUCAAGAAAAAGCAGGAAAAAAAAGUCCCAGCAGCUAGUUUUCUUUUCAAAAAAUCAUCUUUCUAAUUUUCUGCAGAAGACAAAAAGGUUUGGGAAGAGGGGGGAAAAAAAAAAAACAAGCCGGCUAUAGGAUCAGCCGGUCAGCCCAGGUGGAGAGCCACAGUGAAAGUGGGGCUUAAAGGGAAGUGCACCGCCUCUUUCGAAAGCCACAGGGCCACCACCAGUGCGUGAGCCUUGGAUCCCUCAACGUAUUGCGAGACGCCGGUGUAUAGCCCGGACCUGUGCCCCAACAUGAUCGCCGCUCAGGCCAAGCUGGUUUACCAGCUCAAUAAAUACUAUACUGAGCGUUGCCAAGCGCGCAAGGCGGCCAUAGCCAAGACCAUCCGAGAGGUCUGUAAGGUGGUCUCCGAUGUGCUAAAGGAGGUGGAGGUGCAGGAGCCUCGCUUCAUCAGCUCUCUGAGCGAGAUCGAUGCUCGCUAUGAGGGGCUCGAGGUCAUCUCGCCCACCGAAUUCGAGGUGGUGCUCUACCUAAACCAGAUGGGCGUUUUCAACUUUGUGGACGACGGCUCGCUGCCCGGCUGCGCGGUGCUCAAAUUGAGUGAUGGGCGGAAGCGGAGCAUGUCUCUCUGGGUCGAGUUCAUCACGGCGUCCGGCUACCUCUCCGCGCGCAAGAUCCGCUCCCGUUUCCAGACGCUAGUCGCCCAGGCGGUGGACAAGUGCAGCUACCGGGAUGUGGUCAAGAUGAUCGCGGACACCAGCGAGGUCAAGCUGCGCAUCAGGGAACGCUAUGUGGUACAAAUCACGCCAGCGUUCAAGUGUACCGGGAUCUGGCCUCGAAGCGCGGCACAGUGGCCUAUGCCCCACAUCCCCUGGCCUGGCCCCAAUCGGGUGGCGGAGGUCAAGGCCGAAGGGUUCAACUUGCUCUCCAAGGAGUGCUACUCGCUGACCGGCAAGCAGAGCUCGGCUGAGAGCGACGCGUGGGUGCUACAGUUCGGGGAGGCAGAAAACCGCCUUCUGAUGGGCGGCUGCCGAAACAAGUGUCUCUCGGUGCUCAAGACGCUGCGGGACCGCCACCUGGAGCUGCCCGGCCAGCCACUCAAUAACUAUCACAUGAAGACGCUGCUGUUGUACGAGUGCGAGAAACACCCGCGGGAAACGGACUGGGACGAAGCAUGCCUGGGCGACCGGCUCAAUGGCAUCCUGCUGCAGCUCAUCUCCUGCCUGCAAUGCCGCCGCUGCCCGCACUACUUUCUGCCCAACCUCGACCUCUUUCAGGGCAAGCCACACUCGGCCCUGGAGAGCGCUGCCAAGCAGACCUGGAGGUUGGCCAGGGAAAUCCUCACCAAUCCCAAAAGCCUGGACAAACUAUAGGGUGCUGGGGACUGUUUGAAAAGCCACAUAAACGGGCGUGCUCUCUCUCACACACAACCCAUCACUCAGCGAUAAAGAACGGAAAAUCUGGACACAAACUUUUAUGAAAGUCACCCGAAACAAAACAGGAAUCGGACGGAAGACCUUCGUUAAUUAAGAAGUAAACAAAAGAGAGCAAACCAACCAAAAAAAAAAAAAAAUCACAUUCUUGCACAAAAGUGAUCAUUUUCUUCCAAACAAUGUGAAUUUAAAAGAUCACAUAAAAGAAGCAAUCGGGCUUUGCCAUCACAAAAUGAAACCCAAGGUACAUUUUCAAAUCAAUGUAUAGUAGUUCCCCCCUUUUCCUUCUUUACACAUCUCCCCCCCCCCUUCCACUUCCCCUCCCUUUCUCUCUGUUUUGUUUUUGGUUGCCUGAAUGUUGUCACCAAGUGAAAAAAUUAUUUAACUAUAUGUAAAAUUCCCUUUUAAAAAAGUUUUACUGAUGCUAAAUGUAUCUCAGUGCCAAUGUCAGAUUGUGCUCCUCCUUCUCUUGCACCUCUACCCUCACCUUAAAACGUCUUGUUGGAAAUAGUAAUAAAAAUAUGACUUUACAUUGUAA